CCACUGGUGAAUAGCAGUACAGGAAGCAGAGUGUCUGUCUACGUGCCUUUCACCUCGUACUAGCUCCCCUCCAACCUACAUCAGCUGAGAGCAGGCAGGACGGAUGCUAUACUGACAGACGAGGUUGAGCGCUUCUCUGUGACAAAAGGUACCAAAGAAGUUUUGAAAAAUGAGGGGAUUUUUCCAAAUGUUGAGAAAGAAAAAAGAGCUGAUCCCACUGAUCGGGUUCAUGGCUUUUGCUGCAACAGGAGCCACUACGACUUCUAUCUACUUUCUUCUAACCAAAUCUGAUGUCAUUUUGAAUAAGACCUCCAAUCCAGAACCAUGGGAGAGAGUGGAUCCAUCCAAGCCCCAAAAGCUUAUCACCAUCAAUCAGCAGUGGAAGCCAGUGGAGGAACUGGAGUUGGUGAAGAGUCUCACCAAGUGAAAUGUGCCUACCUGCCAGCCCUCCACCCAUCGGUCUAAUAGAAUGGUUUCUGCGCAAACGAGGAUGCUUUGACACUUAAGUGUGUGGAAACGCUUCUGUUUUUGUCUGCUCUGUAGUUACACAACGCAAGGGCAGCAGUCCACCUGUAGAAAUAUCUGCACAUAGUAAACACCUAUGUACAAUCAUGUGAAUGUGAAGCCAGCGAGUGAUAUAAUGUAUUGGAGUAGUAAUAAAUUAUUUAUCUUCAGUGAAAUGUUGACUUUAUUUGUCAGCUAUGUGAGCCACUACACUACCGAUAAAAACAGUUCAGACUUACAGACUGCUAUACUUUGUUCCACACGUGGUCUCAAACCUGCAACCUUUGCGGUAAGAAUGGGAUAAUCUCAAUAUUGAUACUUUUUGAUGUUUUAUUUUGAAUAUGAUUUGCUGCUUAGUCAUUCCUACCAUCCAAACUUUGACUCUCCUCCACUCAGUUGAUGGACAUGUGGGCUUCCAACGUCCAUCACUCAACUAUUAAUUCAUUUAUUAUGGGGGACAAUCCUCCUAAUGUACAUCAUGUGUUGGUUUUGACAGGCUUUGCCAGUGUGUGUCCCUGCAGGUUCUCAGGCCCACACACACACGAACUAGUGUCUCAUAAAUGAUUAAACCUGUAAUAAAAGGAGAGUGAAGGCAAGGGUCCAGUGAAACACUUCCCUGUCUGCACGCAUUAUACAAUGUUUCCCCCCUUUUUGUUAUUCUUUAAUUUUAUUACGUUAGGUAGGACUUUAAUCGAAUUGUAUAAUUCGAUUAUUAUACAAUCGAAUUGUAAAAUUAUUGUUUAAUAAUAGCAAAACUUCAAAUUACUUUCACUUUCAGUGUAACAAAGUAGAUGCUUCCAGUCAUGUAUUAAGAGCGCUGACUCGAAUAUAAUUUUAAAAAUGCAUUCAAAGUAUUUGAUUCGCACAUCCAUCAAGCUAUGAUCUUAUCUAAGGCUACAAUGACAGAGGAAGGACAUUACUUGUUGAUGGAAUGAAUGUGUGUUCGUAACUGUCGAGAGUGUCAGUAAAGCAGGUGGGAGCUGCCACCGGUGUACUUUGAUGCAAUAAACUGUGAUGAUAC